AUGAUCGCCGCCCGCUCUGUCCGCAGGGAGGAUCUGUGGGUGCGCAGGGGCCGCAUCCUGGACCCGGAGAAGCUCUUCUUUGAGGAGCGGCGCGUGGCCGACGAACAGCGGGACUGUGGGGGCCGCAUCCUGGCGCCGGGCUUCAUCGACGUGCAGAUCAACGGUGGAUUUGGUGUUGACUUCUCUUUGGCCACGGAGGAUGUGGGUUCGGGGGUCGAUCUGGUGGCCCGGAAGAUCCUGUCGCACGGUGUCACCUCCUUCUGCCCCACCCUUGUCACUUCUCCACCAGAGGUUUAUCACAAGGUCCUUCCUCAGAUCCCUGUGAAGAGUGGUGGUCCCCAUGGGGCAGGGGUCCUCGGGCUGCACUUGGAGGGCCCAUUCAUCAGCUGGGAGAAGCGGGGCGCACACCCGGAGGCCCACCUCCGCUCCUUUGAGGCCAACGCCUUCCAGGAUGUACUGGCCACCUAUGGGCCCCUGGACAAUGUACGCAUUGUGACGCUGGCCCCAGAGCUGGGCCGCAGCCAUGAGGUGAUCCAGGCGCUGACGGACCGAGGCAUCUGCGUGUCCCUAGGGCACUCAGUGGCUGACCUGCGGGCAGCAGAGGAGGCAGUGGAGAGCGGAGCCACCUUCAUCACCCACCUCUUUAAUGCCAUGCUGCCCUUCCACCAUCGUGAUCCGGGCAUCGUUGGGCUCCUGACCAGUGACCGGCUGCCCCCAGGCUGCUGCAUCUUCUAUGGGAUGAUCGCUGAUGGCACGCAUACCAACCCUGCCGCCCUGCGCAUUGCCCACCGUGCCCAUCCCCAGGGGCUAGUGCUGGUCACUGAUGCCAUCCCGGCUCUGGGCCUGGGCAAUGGCCGGCACACGCUGGGGCAACAGGAGGUAGAGGUGGACGGGCUGACGGCGUAUGUGGCAGGCACCAAGACGCUGAGUGGCAGCAUAGCCCCGAUGGACGUCUGUGUCCGACAUUUCCUGCAGGCCACGGGCUGCAGCGUGGAAUCCGCCCUGGAGGCUGCAUCCCUGCACCCUGCCCAGCUGCUGGGGCUGGAGAAGAGCAAGGGGACCCUGGACUUUGGUGCUGAUGCAGACUUCGUGGUGCUCGAUGAUGCCCUGCACGUCCAGGCCACCUACAUCGCGGGCGAGCUGGUAUGGCAGGCGGAGGCAGCCAGGCAGUGACACGGACCUCGGUGGAGAGGACGCCCGGCCCCCACUGGAUGCUAUAGGGCUGGGUGUUCGAGGAGCUGGUCUCCAGGGAGCAAGUGGGAAGCCCCGCCCCAGGUCGAUGCACAUGGCUUUGCACAGCCUCCCUGGGAGUCACCCUGGAGGCCACUGACUGGGAUAAACGUGUGCCCGGCAGG